AUGCCUACCUUAAGAGAAGAUUCUGUUUAUCUUGCCAAAUUAGCCGAACAAGCUGAACGUUAUGAAGAAAUGGUCGAAAACAUGAAGACCGUUGCUUCGUCUGGACAAGAAUUGUCUGUUGAAGAGCGUAACUUGUUAUCGGUUGCUUACAAGAAUGUUAUUGGUGCACGCCGUGCAUCAUGGAGAAUUGUGUCGUCGAUCGAGCAAAAGGAAGAAGCUAAGGGCAAUGAAAGCCAAGUUUCGUUAAUUCGCGACUACCGUUCUAAGAUCGAGGCUGAAUUAUCCAAGAUCUGUGAAGACAUCUUGUCGGUUUUAACCGACCACUUGAUUUCAUCUGCUCAAACUGGUGAAUCCAAGGUUUUCUAUUAUAAAAUGAAGGGUGACUACCACCGUUACUUGGCCGAAUUCGCCAUUUCUGAAAAACGUAAAGAUGCCGCCGACAUGUCGUUAGAAGCUUACAAGUCCGCAUCAGAUGUUGCUGUGACCGAAUUGCCACCUACUCAUCCAAUUAGAUUAGGGUUAGCUUUGAACUUUUCUGUUUUCUACUACGAAAUUUUAAAUUCUCCAGACAGAGCCUGCCAUUUAGCCAAACAAGCCUUCGAUGAUGCUGUUGCUGACUUGGAAACUUUGUCUGAAGAUUCUUACAAAGAUUCUACGUUGAUUAUGCAAUUAUUGAGGGAUAACUUAACUUUAUGGACUGACUUGUCCGAAGCCCCAGCCCCAACUGAAGAGCAACAACCUUCAGAAUCAAAAGCCGAUGAAGAAUAA